GUGACGGCGGAGCGGGGAGCGACGGCCGCUCCGGGUUCGGGGGCGGGCUGCGGGCUGCGAGAGGGCGGCCGGGGCGUUCCGGCGGCCGGGCGGGCUUGUUUGUUGGCUGCUGCUGCGGUCCCUGUAAGGCAGCGCGGAUUUACUCUUUUAAUUCUCUGCAGCCAAGCGUGGGGGGAGGAGGAUUGAGAAGGUAACUGGCCAAGAGUGUGUGGUGGUCUCUGUGCAAAGCAACUCUUGAAUCUGUGCUGGGAUUUGUAAAGGUUGUUCCUUGGCCAUAAAAAAGAUCCAUCAUUAGAUGCUAGAUCAGUUGUCAUCUGUGCUAAGCUGCAACCAAAAUGGCAAAGUACAGACUUGUUCUCUUAAGGCACGGGGAAGGAGCCUGGAACAAGGAGAAUCGCUUCUGCAGCUGGGUGGACCAGAAGCUGAGCAGUGAUGGAGUAGAGGAGGCUCGGAACUGUGGCAGACACCUCAAAGCACUGGGCUUUGAGUUUGACCUCGUCUUCACCUCUGUGCUUAGGCGCUCCAUCCAGACUGCAUGGCUUAUCCUGGAAGAGAUGGGCCAGGAGUGGGUCCCCAUUCAGAGUUCCUGGCGACUGAAUGAACGUCACUAUGGCGCACUGAUCGGUCUCAACAGAGCAGAGAUGGCUCUGAAUCAUGGGGAGGAGCAAGUGAAACUAUGGAGGAGAAGCUAUGAUGUUACCCCACCUCCCAUAUCUGAAUCUCAUCCUUACUACGAAGAGAUCUACAAUGAUCGCCGGUAUAAAUGCAGUGAUGUCUCUCAGGAUAAUCUCCCAAAGGCUGAAAGUCUGAAAGAUGUUCUUGAUAGACUCCUUCCCUAUUGGAAUGAAAAGAUAGUGCCAGAACUGAAAAGUGGCAAAAUGAUCCUUAUCUCUGCUCAUGGCAACAGCAGCAGGGCAUUGCUGAAGCAUGUGGAAGGCAUCUCUGAUGAGGACAUCAUCAAUGUUACUCUCCCCACUGGUGUGCCCAUACUUCUUGAACUUGACGAGAAUCUGCACCCUCUGGGCCCUCACCAGUUUUUGGGUGACCAAGAAGCUAUCCAGGCUGCCAUCAAAAAAGUGGAAGAUCAAGGGAAAGUGAAAUCUGCUGAGAAGUAAAAUCCCACUGACUAACGCAGCUGUUUUCAAAGUGUUGUAAUAGGUGAUUUAUGUAUGACUGCUAGGUUGCACUGUCUGAAAGUCUCAAUUUCAAGCACUAAAUCAAGGGACAGUUGUUGAGUCUCAGGCUGGUAGAUUAACCCUCUGCCUUUCAAAAACUGGAAUUUAGAUCUCACCUUGAGGUUAUGGCUACUGGAAAAAAGUAUUAAGAGAUCAGUCAGGUAAUGGAAGCUUGUAGGGCAGUCUGCCCCAGAUACGGGGUUGAGAAUGUAGUACAGAAAUAAAAAGAUGUUACUGGUGUCUAGCAAUAAUCAGAUCUGACCUGUUAAGGGGAAUAGCAUCAUCUUACUGGACUAAUUAAGCUCAGGUAGUUACAGGCAGCAAAGCUUUGUCACUAACAAAAUGGCAUCACAUAGCAAAGUUAUCCAGUAUGAUGAUUCUUUGUGAAUGGCCAUGACAGUUUCUUCUGGAUAGAGUUCCUUUGCUCUUUCAGAACACUCUCAGCUCUACAACUCUUUGCCUUUGUAUAUUUAUUCCAAAGCCAGUUCAUUGUUCAGAGGAGAAUUUUGUAGAGAUGUUCAACCUGUUAGAGUUACUAUAGUAGUCUUUUGUUAGACUAUAUUCCAGUUUCUAGGGAACCUAGAAGAAAUUACUUUUCCUCCACCAUGUUGGCAAAGCCUAGCAUGACUGCAUUUUUCUGGCUUGCAAAAAUAUAAUUUAACUCAGACUUUAGUCCACAAGCUAAGCACAAAGAUUUCCUGCUCAGGGUUUUAAAGAAUUGCAUAGCUUUUAGUGAGUGACCUGAAUAGCUUUGAAACACCUAAGUAGCAUGUAUUAGAGGUUUGAUCAUCUCUUAGUCAAGUUGCUAGAAUAAUUCCUGUUUAUCUCUGUAAAACUGGGUAUAGGCAAAUCCCACUCUAAGCCUUCCUGAGCUGCAGAGGUCUCUUGAUUAAACAUGUUCCACAGUAAAAUUACCAUGGCUUUCUCUGAAGGUCUGGAAGAGCUGUAUAAGGUGUUUGAAGUGUGUUUCCUGGGUGCAGCUCAUUCAGCCGUCACACUGGUAAGGAACAAUAUUCUGCCAUGCCUCAAAGUAUUCUGUAAAACUUCAUAAUCACAGCUUGAUUCCUGUUGUAUUGCAUUUGCAAUUUGCACUAAAUUCAAACAGUUCAUACUGUGGUAGUGUAGCAUGUAUGGCAGUUUGAUGUUUUCUUUAUGUACAUGAGCAUCAGGAUAAUUCCUCUUUUGAAGACUUGCUCUAAUCUUCCUUGCAAGUUUGAAUUUGUUACUUAAAGUUGGAUCUGAUCCAUUGUCUCAACACGAGCAUCUGGAUUCUGACCUCAGGUACCAACAUGGGUGACACUUGAGUAUGUUCUGUUUGAGCUGAAAGUGUUCUAAACAUGGCCCAGCUACAAAUCUCAAGAGAAGUUGAUGAGAAUUCCUUUGGUAUGAUGAUAGUAUAAACUUUCAAAAUUAUAGAGUAGCUGUUUUUUUACAGAGAGCAGUUCUGUGCCUCAUUUCUUAAGUGUGAGAGGAUGUUUUAUUUGUUUGAGGAGAGCAGUGUGACAGUGUGGUGUGCUGGUGUGCCUCUGGCAGUCUCCUGGAUACACAGAGGUAGAUUUUUCCAGUUCUGAUGCCAGCUUACGUUAGUGUUGCACAUGUUCCAUAACAGAUCUUUUGCUAAAUGGUAGUUUCUCUUUCAUGAAUGAUGCUUGGGCUUCUCUUCUGUGGUUUUAUUUUUAUUUUUUUGUAGGAACAAAGCUGUAUGUUUCUCUUUAAAAUGAAGCUGGUAGGUUUCCUCUGCCUUUGUACAAGCAAGGAUAUUUCAGUGUUGUGGGUUUUGGUUUUUUUUUUUUUAAUUUCUCUGAAAUACUACUAGCAUCUUCCCUGUUACUCUUUUGGCACUGGAGAGUUUCUAGUUUUCUGCUCACAGAGUAACUCUGUAUCUUACUUGAUACCCUCCAAGUCAGUGUUCCCCAGUUAGGUGGUUGAUCAGUGAAUUUCACCUGUCAAUGUGCUGAGGAGAGGGCCACUGGCACUCAAGUGAUUACAUUCUUCCCAAAAAGUUCAAUAAUGUCAAAUUUCAGUAUCAAGUAAAAGUUACUGCAGACUUGUUAGCAAGGCAAGCUGAGGCACCUGAUGUCAGUGAGAGCUGCAGGCAGGCAGAUCUCUGGGCUGACAGGCGUGGGCUCUCAGUGUCCAUAUUGCCUUUGGCAUUGUGGCAUUGUAAUCCAGAACUUCUUCAGGACUUGAGAUGCAUCUGGACUAUACUUGGAAAUUAACCUGGCUGAAUUAGGAGAUAGACUCUCCCUUUCUCUUAGAGAAUUCAUGAUCUCUUCUGGGGGUAGGGUGGGGAAUGGAAAGGUGAAUGAGUGAAUGUAGAGAGCAUUAAUAUUUCUUCUUGCAUUUGAAUGGGUUAAAUUGACUUAAAACAGCCUUUCAAAGGGUCAUGGACAGUAAAAAAAGAGAAGUGGUGUGAUGUUUUCAGGUGGCACUGAUUCUGCACUGCUGCUUGAGACAUGAAUAGCAAUGGUGCCCUGGAAAGUUUGACUACAUCUGCUUUGCUUGUGACUCCAAAGUGGUGACAGGAUUUUAUGUGCACGUCUGGCAGCAAUAUCAUAUCACAAAAUUAUCAGAUAGAAUCAAUUGGGGAUUUCAUUGUGCUCUUUAAGAUUUUAAUGCCAGGAUUGACUCCUAAUUAAAUUCCAGAUUCAUAAAUGUGUAUAUUGAAGAACAGGCACCAACUUCUAUCAACAGUGGCAUGAGGAUUCCUGAUCUUCAGAGACAGCUAGAUUAUAGAGGGAGAAUUGAGACUCUUGCAGGUAGCUUUUCAGUUCUUGGAAAACAUUUUCACUGAUUCAUUAUCCCUUAAAGUCCUAUAAGGUAACUGUUGUUUCUGCAGUUGACAUUAUGGGUGUGGUUGAUUUGGUUUGUUAAUGCAUUUUUAAAGUUGUGGUUCAGUAGCAGUAAUAGCUGUAGAAUCCUCUUGAAAAGCUUUGUAAAUAUGGUGGAGUUAGUAGGUUGUUUGUAACUCAAUAAAUUCACCCGAAAUACA